GCGUUACGGGUCGUUUCCGCUAACCGAACUACGGUUAAAGUAUUUAGGAUACUUAGGUUUUAGGAUCCGGUGAGAUUUUUAAUUAAAUAAUAUCUACAGUGAUAAUUUACAACUGUCUCACAAGGGGGCACACGAGUAAAUAAAACAUGAAAUCACGGUUAACGGUGUUCGAGUACAUCCGGGUCAUAACCUAGUGUAUACUUCAUGUUAGCUAACAGUUAGCUACCUCUGUAAGUGUUGACUCUGGUAUGUCUCUUAUUUCUAAAAAGAAGAUUAGUGUUUCUGUGAUUCCUUCUUCUAUUCAGCCUGUCGACGGUCAUGAUCAGGUCAGUGCUGCUGCGAAGGCUAACCACCCACAUCCAGUCCUGUAAAAGAGGAUCAUGUCUACUCACAGGUCGGAUACCUUAUGGGGUGCAGCCUCAUUCACCAGGUCACACACUCACCCAGCAGAGCUCCCAUGGACCCUUUAUACCUAAAAUCACUGGUCUGGUCAGGUACUCGGACUUGUCAACAGAGAAAUACACUGCGAUUUACACCCUGCCGUACAUUAAGCACCUCAGAGCCGCGUCCAGGCUCAAACUGCUCCAAACUGCAUUUACCAUAGUCAUCUUGCCUCCAGUGUUUGUCCUCUACCACCAGGGACUUGUCCCCUUCUCUCUUGUUGGCUACACGACGGGGAUAGCGCUCUUUGCUGGUGUCAUGCUGUACGCUGCCAGUCACUUCUUCAGGAGGGUUGUGGGGAUAAUGUACCUGGACACGUCCCACACCACACUCAAAGUGUCCCACCUCACCUUCUGGGGCAAGCGCCACGAUAUCUACAUUCCUGUGUCAGAUGUUAUGACCAUUUCGGACACGGGGGACGCCGCAGAUGAAAUGCUAUUGACACUAAAGAGAUACAGUAGUCCACAAACGUUCUAUUACUCUACUCAGUUUGGACGAGUGGUGAACAAAGAGGGUUUUGAGAAGGUGUUUGGUCAUACUUAACACUGAAGUCCCCUAUUUACUAUGUUUAAAAUAUAACAUGCUAUAAUGUGAAGGAUCUGUUCUUCAUAAAAAAUGGUUGAUCAAAUGUUAAAGAUUAUACACUGGAAGACUUGCUGUUAUAAUAAGUGAUAUAUUAGCGGUUAUCAGUCAGAUGUGUUUACUGUGAGUAACUAGCAAAUACAUUUUCAGUGGAGCUUGUGAUUCAAAAGUAAGGCUGCAAAUUUGUAGGCCUCUGCAGGACUGUGAGCUUUAGAGUGGAACAACAUGCCAAAGGACCAGCGUUGGAAGUAAUAUGUACUUUUGUCUGUGACUUAAUGUGUGAAGCAGAAAAAAAAGUAAUAUAGAAUUAAAGUCUUCUUGGUAUGAACAGGUAGUCCUAAUGGUUUUCAAAUGUUGCACCUUAAAACAGUAAUGACUAACAAGACACAGUCAUUAGCAGAGUAACAUGAAAUGAUUAGCUAAGGGAAAUCCUUUACUUUACAUUUUAAGGUAAAAUAACGAAGUACAUUACUUAUUAAAAAAACAACCAACAAUGUUAGGGCCUCCGCUGUGAACAGUGACUGACCUGUAUUACAUUAAGAUGUGGGGGAUUUUAUCAUACCAUCACAGAAGAUUAAAAAUGUAGACGUUU